AUGCGAAGAACAUCUAAUCUGAGGCCUAUUAUAACAUUCGAUGCUUUACAAAGGACAAACGAAGAUCACCUACUCUUCAUCGCAAGUCAUUUCGGAGGAAACCAGACGUUGCAGCCUGAAGCCUUGAGGAUGGCUCACAAUGCGAUCAAAAAGGGAGAAAACACACAAUUUUUCAGAGAUCUGGUUAAGUAUAAGAUGGAUUCGGCUUGGUAUAAAAGUGUCGAUCAUCGUGCUGAACAUAAGAAAGGAAGGCUGGAGAACGAGCUCAAUUCUACGUAUCGGUUAAAUCGCUUAUUGGUGAUAACUCUCUAUUGCUUAUUCUGUUGA